CCUGGCCUGGGCCCAGUGUCGGCAACGGGUCUCUGCGUCUGGCCUGGGCGGGAAGGCCUGUCAGUGCUGACGCCGGCGCGCCGCGGGGGAGGCCGACCAUCCUCCGGAGGGACUGGACAGCCAAGGGUAGCUGGCGUCCUCUUUCACUGCACGAGCGUGUCCAGCUCUUGGUUGAGUGGUCAUAGCUCUCCCACUUUUAACGCCCCCGGCCCCCGGCAUUCUGACCACAGCGGGGACCUUUUUUGUGAACAGAUGUCUUUGAACAAAGUGGAUUAAAAGCCCAUCUUCCCAAUUUGUAGGCUGGGGUUUAAACACUUCAUGGAGUUUAGUUUAGACUGGUAUAAUGGUUAAAAGCACUGGGCUCUGGAGGCUGUUGGGGUGCACAGCUUGGUCUAGCCAGUUUUCUUCUCUGUGAAAUGCGGAUAGUAUCGGUACUGACCGCCCAGAACCAUUGUGAGAAUUAAAUGAGAUAUGCAUGUCAAGUGCACACGGCUAAUUGCAGCUCCCGCUUAAGAGACCUUUCUCCAGAAACGUGAAAAUGGUAUUGACCAGCAGGUGGCACUGGUGACCGUGCAGUAUGAUGUACAAUCUUGUCCGAAUAUUCCUCAAGUGUUUAGAGGUCCCCGGGAAAUCUCGGCUGAGUUGGCAGCCUUAAACUUUCUUCAAGCUGGAGAGUGCAUUUGAUAUUAUUAAGUAAUAAAACUUUUGUUUUGGUAGGUCAAGACUAACCUGGCUGUGGCUUGCUCAAGCAGGUCACAGUGGGUCCCAAGUUUACUCCAUCAAGUUCAGUGUUAACUUUUUUUUUUUAAACUUCCCUGCCGCUUUAGCCUGUUGGGAUGGCACCUUGAGUAUGUGUUAGAAUUGGUUUGGAAACUACCAAGUUAAAAUAGAUGUCUGCAUUCAUUCAUAAAGUAUUAUCGAGCACUUACUGUGUGCCAGACAUUGUUCUGACGCUAGUUAUAACAUGGAGAACAAAGCAGACACAGUGCUAGCUCUCAUGGAGUUUACUUAUUAGUGGACAAUGUAGAUGUAAAUAAAUAUAUAAUUAUAGAUUGCUAAGAAGAAAAAAAGGAGUCUGUUUUUGAUUGGGUGGAUGACCUCAUUGAGGUAAGAAGCUGAGCCCUGAAAGAUGUGAUAAGGAACCAGUCAUGCAGAGAACGAAACAAAAAGCCAUCAAAGUAUAGCAAACAGAAUUUACAAAGCUCUAAAGUGGGGAAACGCCAGGAAAUGAAACAAGGCUAAUGCAGCUGUAGCACAAUAAGUAAGGGGGAGAGUAGGAAGAGAUGAAGUUGAAGUGGUAGGCUAGAGCCUUUGAGCAGGGAUCAAAGGGGUUCGCAUUUUAUUCUGAGUGUGAUAGAAGCCACUGAAAAAUUUUAAAUGUGGAAUGCCAAAAUCCAAUUUUUGAUUAAAAAGUUUACUCCUGCUGCUAUGCAGAGAAUGAAUUGGGUGACAGGGAUGAGUAGCAGGGAGAAGACCAGUAAUCUAGGUGAUAGAUGAUAGUAUCUUCAAAUAGAGCAGUGGUGAAGAUGGAGAAGAAUAGACAGAUUAAGGUAUAUCUUGGAGGCAAAAUUUGGAAGACUUAAUGAUGGAUUAGAAGGGAAUAAGGGCGAAGGAGGGAUCUACGGUGAUUUUCAGGUUUGGGGGUUAAGCAGUUGUCUGGGUGGUGGUACCAUUUGCUGAGAUGAAGAAAACUGAAGGAAGAACAGGUGGGUGGACGAGAUGGUGGAAUAGAGAAUUCCAAUUUAAACAGACUAAGUUUUAGGUAUCUUUACUAUAUCCAAGUAGAAAUGUUUGAUUAGCAGUUGUAUGUAAGAACUUGUAGCUCAGAGGAGAGAUUUGUAUUGCCGAUAUAAAUUUGGGAGUCAUCGACAUAUGGAUGAUGUUUAAAACCAAGGGAUUGGAUAGGGUCACUGAGAGAUUAUUUGGUUUGAUGGUUAUCAUCACCCUCGGGCCUGUGGCAACUAGUGUAUUUGAAUAUCUUUUAGGGUUUAAAGCAUUAGGUUUCAGUAACUGGGAAAAUGAACUGUCAUUACAGAUCUGCAGACGGUCAUGUAUUUGUUACCCUGUGUUGCCCCAAAAUGCCCCAUUCUUUGGUGGUGAGAGAGAAACAAGCUCUCAUGUCCACAGGUGUUCCCCUUGAUCUGGCCCUUAAGCUUGCUGGUUUCUAUUUUCAGGAGGCUGAGGAAAAGGGUCACUUUUCUGCCACCUACAGGACAGACCAUGAAGCUGAAGGAACUUGAGCGGCCAGCUGUCCAAGUGUGGAGCCCAGCUAGCCACUACUGUCUUUUCUUGUGCCUAGGAACAUCUGCCCAGCAGCUAGAUGCCUCCUUUAGUACAGAUGACACAUUGGAAAUCUUUGAGGUUGAUUUCAGGGACCCCUCUCUGGACUUGAAAUGCAAGGGAGUCCUUUCUCCCUCCAGCAGGUUUCACAAGCUGAUCUGGGGGAGCUUUAGCAAUGGGCUUCUGGAAGGCUCUGGGGUUAUUGCAGGCGGCAGGGAUGAUGGCAUGCUUACUCUAUACAAUGUGACCCACAUCCUGUCUUCGGGAAAGGAGCCUGUGAUUACCCAGAUACAGAAGCACACGGGGGCUGUCAGAGCCCUUGACUUUAAUCCGUUCCAGGGCAACCUCCUGGCCUCAGGGGCCAAUGAUUCAGAAAUCUUCAUUUGGGAUUUGAAUAACCUGAGUGUGCCAAUGACCCCAGGAUCCAAGUCAUAGCCUCCAGAAGACAUCAAGGCACUCUCUUGGAACCGUCAGGUUCAACACAUUCUGCCUUCUGUUCACCCCAGCGGCAAGGCAAUCGUGUGGGAUCUCAGGAAGAAUGAACCUAUCAUCAAAGUCAGUGAUCACAGCAACAGGAUGCACUGCUCAGGCCUGGCCUGGCACCCAGACAUGGCCACCCAGUUGGUGCUAUGUUCAGAAGAUGAUCGUCUUCCAGUAAUUCAUCUGUGGGACUUGUGCUUUGCCUCCUCACCCCUGAAGGUGCUGGAGAGUCACAGCAGGGGGAUCCUGUCAGUGUCAUGGAGUCAGGCUGACGCUGAGCUACUGCUCAGUAGUGCCAAGGACAACCAGGUCUUGUGCUGGAACCUGGAGAGCAGCGAGGUGGUGUAUAAGCUACCCACACUGAGCAGCUGGUGCUUUGAUGCGCAGUGGUGCCCUUGGGACCCUCCAGUGUUCUCUGCUGCCUCCUUCGACGGCUGGAUCAGUUUAUACUCGAUGGGUAGGAGCUGGGAAGGCCAGCAGAUGAGACAGGCUGACAAGAUCUCUUCUUCCUUUAGCAAAGUCCAGCAUCUCCCACCAUUGCAGGUGCCAGAGCAAGUGGCCCAAGCAUCAUUGAUAUCUCCCCUGAAAAAAAAACCCAAAUGGAUGAGAAGGCCAGCAGGUGUCUCAUUUGCUUUUGGGGGGAAGCUGGUUACCUUUGGCCUCCCCAGCACCCCUGCCCAUCAGGUGCCACAGCCUUGCCUCCGCCUAGUCUUCAUCAGUCAGGUCACCACAGAACCUGAAUUCCUCAUGCGGUCAGCUGAGCUGCAGAAGGGCCUGGGGUCAGGAAAUCUCCUGAAUUACUGUCAGAACAAGAUCCAGCAAGCAUCACUGCAAAGCGAAAAGAUGCUCUGGCAGUUCCUGAAAGUGACCUUAGAGAAGGACUCUAGAAUGAAAUUCCUAAAACUAUUAGGAUACAAUAAAGAUGAACUUCAGAAGAAGGUGGCCACAUGGUUGAAGAGUGAUUUGGGGCUGGGUGAGAGCCCUCAGCCCAAGGGAGUUGACCUCAACAGUAACAGACAACAGGCCUUUUGCAUCCAGGUGCGGAGGAGGAGGAGCACAGGGAAUCUGUGCCGUUUAAGAAGUUUCUGUCUCUCUACAGACAUGCUGGGAACUCACAUGGAUCAGGAGGGUGGCAGGGCACUAACUUCUGAAGCCAGGCUCUGUUACGUGUGCUCAGGAAGUGUGGAGCGGCUGGUGGAGUGCUGGGCAAAAUGCCCCUGGGCUUCAUCUCCCAUGGCUCUACAGGACCUGAUGGAGAAGGUGAUGGUCCCUAACAGGAGCUUGAAGCUACUGUGGGGUGCUGAUGGGGUGAGCCCAGGCCCUGCCACAACCUACAGAAUCGCUCAGUAUGCCAACCUCCUGGCAGCCCAGGGCAGCCUGGUCACUGCCAUGAGCUACCUACCCAGUGACAGUGCUCAGCCACCAAUUCAGCAGCUGAGAGAUUGGCUUUUUCAUGCCCAGGGUUCUGGUGUCUUGGGCCAGCAGUCUCCCCCUUUCCCCUUUCCCCGGGUUAUUGUGGGAGCUGCUCCCCACUCUCAAGAGACAUCAUCUCCCAGACUGGGAUUCCAGUCUUCUCACCAGGUAAGAUCUUGCUUGUUCAUUCAUUCAAAAAUACCUGUUAAGUGUCUACCAAGUGCCAGGCAUGAUUUUAUAAUUCUCUCCCAAAUUGAAAUUUGGUGGCAAAUGACCUGUUUCUAUCCCAUUUCAGCUUUAUCUCAGCCGCGGCUGUCAGGAGGGCAAAGGGUGCAAUCUCCUAACCCCGUGGGAUUCCCUGGAACAUGGCCUCUUCCUGGUGCACCCACAGCACCCCCAGACAUUAUGCAGGCUGGUUCUGCCUCCCUGCCUGAGACUCCUCGACGGCUCCCUCUGCUUCCUGUGAGAGCACCAGGCUUCAACCCUAUGAGCUCCCAGCCGCCAGCCCCUCCUGUCACCUUCUCUGCAGCACACCCUCCAGGAGGGCCAGGUGCUCCAUGCGCCGAUACCUUCCCAACCACUGGCAUCUUGACUCCUCAGCCGGGACCUCAAGAUUCCUUGGAAAAUGCUCCAGUGCCCAGGGGAAACCUCCAGAGGAAAGAGUUGCCAGAGACAUUCAUGCCCCCAGCACCAAUUAGUGCUCCAGUUAUGUGCCUCACCCCUGAGCCACGAGGGGUCCUUUCCUCACAGCCUGCUGUCCCCAGUGUGAGUCAUGCUCCCCCUGGAGCCCCAGGAGAACUUAGCCUGUAGCAACUUCAGCGGCCACCUACGAAGAUGGACAGGAAGGAGCUGCCCCCUGAACAUCAGUCCUUGAAUAUCAGCUUUGAGGUGCUUCUGCAGCGCUGCUCCCUGUCUGCCACUGACAUAAAGACAAAACGGAAGCUGGAUGAAGCAGCCCAACGUCUAGAAUGUCUAUAUGAGAAGCUCUGUGAAGAGACACUCUCGCCUCCUGUCGUGGCUGGGCUCCACGAGGUUGCCCAAUGUGUGGACGCAGGACGCUUUGAGCGGGGCCUCGCUGUGCAUGCUCAGGUGGUGAGCUGCAGCAGCUUCAGCGAGGUCUCCAGCUUCAUGCCUGUCCUGAAGUCCGUCCUCACCAUCGCUUAUAAGCUACACAUCUAGACCAGGCAGCUCCUCUUGCCAGGAGGCCACUUCUACUUUACUUAACUCCUUCCUGCAGGAAAGGGGAAUUUCGGAACAGAUUCCGUUUGUUUUUCCUAGCCCUCUUCCCUUGCUGCCAGGUAUAUGAUGCUGUAGGCUUGGCUCCAAACAGGCAGAGUGCCUGCUCUCCACCCCUUUAUGCGUGGCCCUCUGGGAUCUGCUCAGGGCUCUCUCAGCCUGUUCUUCUUCACCUUCCCUAAAACUGUACUCCAACAGGGCCUGGUGCAGUGUGUCUUCUCCCCCGGGGAUAUUCUAAGUGGCUUCUGAGAGGGUGAGCAGGAUCGUUACUUCCAAGUCUACCUCGACUGUACCCAUCCUGUGGGUCUUUUGUCUUUCCCCUUCUGUGGGUUAUGAGCCUGACUUUACCUUUUCCUUGCCUCUGACUUCAUAUAUCCAGGUUCAUACUUCUCUGAGCCACAGAGGCUGGGGUAGAGUUGACUGCUGUUCACCCUUUGAACAAGUCAUACACAUGAGGGAUGGGUGCUGAGCACAACGAAGAGAAGGAACUCAGACCCUUUUAAGAAGGGACCUCUCAACUGCCAGCAUUGUUAAGGGUGGGCUAGGUGAGGUGGAGGGUGGAUGGGAUACCUUUUGCUGAGAGCUGUCUUAGGCUAUGGGAUAGGAGCAGAGGGACCACUACCUGUGUGGAGUGGCCCCUGACUCAGCCUGCCUGAUCCCUGGCCCAAGGCCUAGACCACUCAUUCUGUGAUUAGAAGCCAUAUUAAUGAAAGAGUCUUCUAGCACUGUUCUUCAAGGCUUGGAGGCCCUCUUCCCCCAGCCCCACACUUCUCAGGGCUGCCUUCUCUGGCUGCGCUUUCAUCGUUGGACUCUGCAUUUGAAGCACUGAUGUACUUUAUGUGCAAUAAAGCUGCUUUAGUUUGGUUUCCUCUGUCAUCUCCCAAUUAUUAUCUCCUCUAGGUCCUAUUUUGCUCUUAUCUGUCUUCCCAGUCCUUUUUGUUCUUGUUCCCUAUACCCUAAUAAGGCAGGGGAGAGGCUUGGGGACAGAUAGGAAGUCAGGAGAGUUGAAGAAAGGAGGUGGCACUGAAUUAGGCUCUCCUUGCAGCAUUUAUGGUCACUCUGCUGUGUGUGUGUGUGUGUGUCUCCAUCCGUGCCUGACAUUCAGCUCCAGGGUUUUCCCCACACCACUUCAGGGCUGAGCUCAGCUACACAAAAGGGGCUGGGUGUGAAGCCAGGGGUACGAUCUCUAAUCCUGUUGUAGAUCGCAUCAUGUCUGCGGGCUAGAUGUGUGUGUUUGGGAGGAAAGGAUUGUUAGGCAGUAUUUGUUUGUAAAGCCACUUGCUCUUCAGAUAAUACUUGCACUAACUUCUAUUGAUGAAGCAGUGUGAGCCCCAGCAAAGUCCUUUCCCAAAGUGUCUUUGAAGCCAAGAGCCCAUUGAAGGGAAGAAAGGCCGGGAGAGGGGAUUAGUUUGUUCAGCAGCUGUGAAUUUCAGUGGGAGGUUGAUGAACUCUGAAGUCUUUGUUUAAAUUAAAGGUGGGGAGAAAAAAGCCGCUGCUGGAGCGAGAGCCUCACUUGGGGCCCUGAACUAACACAAGGAGAAGUCUGAGCUGCGGGGAGCUGUGUACUGACUGCGAAGACUUUUCCCAAACACUUUUCGGGAAAGGUGUUAUGAGAAGAGAAGGGGGCGGAGUGGGGGAUUAGCAUGUGAAAUGAAGUUUUCAUUGACUCCGUGGGGGUAGAAGGCUAUUUUAAUGGCAUUUUGUUCUCUUAUUUUCUCUUCUUGAGCUCUUUAGAGAUAUUGUUUUGCUAAGGCAGGCUUUCUUCCCCCUUCUUUCCAGUCUGCGGAUUGCCUCUAUGGGAGCCAACAUAAAUAUUUCUCCUCCAGGAAUGCGGGUUAAUUAAAAGGAAAUGAAUGAGUGGAAGCAUCCAAUCCAGACCCACAAUAGGCGAGUGCCCUGGCCUGCCCUUCCCUCCCACCACCACCAGCAACGCCAGCGCUGAGCACGACCCUGUCUCUGUCUUUGCCCUAACCUGCUGCUAAGGCCAGUUGAGGCUGCGAUUCUUUUCAAGAAAAGAAAGCCCUGCCUGUGUGUAGGCUCACAGGCUAGGGACAGGAAGGAGACAGUGUUUUGUCCCCUCCACCCAGCGUCCUUGUCACUUCUCAGGACCUCCCUCUGCUUCUGUCCCCUGGCUGAGACAGAUGGACUCCUAAAGAGCACACAAGAGGAGGGAAGGGGCCUGGGUUCCAGGACUCACCCCACGGUACCUUACUAGUUGGUGGAACAAGCCACACAUCUUUCUCAGCAUCAGUUUAAAUCUGUAGAACAGAAGGUUUCACUAGCUGACCUCGAAGGCGUCUUCCCAAGCAACCGGUCUGGUUGUCCACAUUUAUAAAGGGGAACACAGCACUGGUGAUUGGUUGUAAGAGAGAACCUACACUCCAUGAAUGCAGAAGCUGCCUUGCCAGAUUUUCUUACUGUACACUAUCAAGUAAUUCUGCCAAGUGAGACAGCCAAGUUAGUACAUGCUGCUGCUUCAUUAGGGACGAAGGGUGAGUUGGGAGAUUCAAGAGGCCCAGAUCAAAGCUGAGGGAAGGAGCAAAAGGCCUUUUGCUGAUGGAACUGGAAAUGAAGCACUAGGAGACCCUGAAGGGAAGCAUGUCCCCUGUAAGGAGGGAAGGGGAACCUCUCUCCUCAGUAAGUGUUAGUGGGACCAGAAGAUGUGUAGGGAUGAGGCCAGGGAUUUGAGGUCUGACCUGGCCAUUGUGUCAAUUUGGAAUAUGGGAGCCUUUCCACUGUCACUGGUCAGCCUUUAGAGCCUCCACCCAUUUUACCCACUUGGAGCCACGCCUCCUCUGUGCUUUCUCCUGCUCUACAAGAGGUGAGAUGAAGUUGUCUAGCAUUUGACCAGUUCUGCUCCGGAAGGGCUGCAGGGCUACCUGGUGCCUAUGACCCAGGACCAGCCUAGGGGAUGACUGGCAAGCUCCUUGGGCUGCAGAGGGUCUGUCAGGGAUUAGUUCUUCCCUUCCCAGAGCCCUGUUUCACCAAGUCCCUCUUAUACUACUGCUUUCUGAGAAGAGAACCAGAAGACUCAAGCACAACCAGCAGCAAGGUCUUAGCUACUGAGGGAAUGUAUUAGUGGAAGAUUUAUGGGGCUGAUUUACUAAUCCUUGGCAGAUUAACCUCUGUCAGGUCAGGGUAACUACUUAGGCCAUCAGGGAAGUGAGGCUCACAGGAGGAUAGUAUCCUGGCAAGGUGGGAGGGAGGAGAGGACCUAGAGGUUAUAUCUUAUACACGCUCUUCCCCAUAUCCCCAAGAAUAAGUUCAAUACCUGAAAAAAAGGCACAUGUCACAGUGACUGCAAUAAAUUAAGGUUCAAGGUGCUGAACUUCCUAUUAACAGUUUCAUUACAGGAAGUUUAUGUAUUGAAGGAAAGUAUCCAAUGCCUGAAUCCUGCCUGUUUGAGAACUAGGUUAGUGAAAAGGAAGGGUCCCAGCUUCUCCUUCCUCAUGACCUGUCUUCAGAGGUGCAAACCAGGGUCUGAAUGGGAAAUUAGCUUUAUUUAUCUCAGUCUUGGCUCAGGGGAAUAAGAUCCUUUGGGGAAAGAGAAGAGGUAAAGUUGAUUGCUAGAAGGCUAUAGGUUAGGAGCAGGGAGGAGGUUACUUUAAAGGGUAGGAAAUGACUGGCAGUCUGCCCUUACAUCAUUCCUAGAUGUCGUGGAUAUGUGUCUGGAGCACCUUGGGUGAUUGUCUAGGAAGGUCAUUGCCCCACUGGCAAAGUCCAUUAGAGACAUGGUAUCACAAGGAUGAGUGGCACCCUUGGUUUUCAGCAAGUCAGCAUUCUAGGGUUCCCAUUUCCUCCAUCUUCAACCCCUGCCGCUAGGAACCAACCUCCAAAGACAUGCUUUUUCCUGGGUCAGUUUCCUCAGUAUCCCUUCAGGGAAGGAAGGAAGGAAAGGGGGGAGAGAAAGCAGAGAUUCCUGGGGAGUCUAUGCCAGCAGUUAGGGAAUCAGAAGCACAGGAGGGCCUCUGCAGAAGGAAGAUGUGGCUAUGGCAGAGAGCUGGCAGCAGAAAA